GGUGGGGCCGUGGUGGUCCGGGGCAGGAUGCUGGGGAGGCUGCUGGGGCACAGCGCUGGGCUGUGGCAGCGGGUGGCUCAACUGGUCCUGUGCCCCACCAGAAGUGCUGGCAGCAGAGCAAAGAACGCCCAGGACAUGGCUUUGCAGAUGGCUGAUCCAGGUAAAGAAACUUUCAGGAAUGAGAGAAGGCCUACAAGUUUUGAUAAAAAGGUGCUAGUAUGGUCAGGAUGCUUUAAAAAGGAGGAGGACAUUCCCAGGCACAUAUCGUCUGAGGUCCUUGACACUGCAAGGAACAUUGCCAGGAUUAAGGUUUGCUACAUCAUGAUUGUACUGACUGUGCUGGGCUGUGUGGCCAUAAUCAUCACAGGCAAAGAAGCUGCGAAGAAGCAUCAGACUCUGCUGAGGGUGAAUGCAGAAAAGAAGGCCAAAUGGAGGGCUGCAGUGGAGAAAGGUCAGGAGGCAGCUGCCGGGAAGUCACAAUGAUUUGGAACAGAAGAUAAGUGAUUUGCUCACGUGGCAUAUGGAUCUGUCUUCCUUUAACUCUUAAGAGCUUUUUCACUGAAAUUCUCAGAGCAAAGAGAAUUGCUUAAAAACUGCUCUGUCCAAACUGGGAACCCCCUAUGGAAACUAACUGCUUUUUGUGGCUUCUGGUUUUGGCACCAGGCCCAGCUCAUAUACAAAAAUAUCUUUUAAACUGCAAAGUGUGGAAAGGACAAAUGUAGGACUCCCCAGCUCAGGAUCAGUUUUUUAUGGUGCUGUUUGUGCUCAAGUCUCCUCAGUCAGGAAUAAAAUGGCCCUACAUCAAGGAGCAACACGUUCUGUGCAAGGCCUCCAGGGUAAACCACCUUGGCCAAAGUGACCCAGAGCAGGGGGAAAAGCAAUCUGAAAUAUCUUUUGCAACUAAAAACCUGUCAGUUAUCUCUCUGUCUCAAUAAUCUUUGAGCCUGCUGCCAUCACUGUCCCCUCUCCCUUCUUGGAGAUGGGAAAUCCCAGCAUUUCUUGGGAUGCUGUGGCCAGGGGAGAGGGAGCACAUGAGCAUGAAGAGGGUCUGCGAAGAUGGAGGAGUGUGAACAGACCCUGAUGACUGAUUUGGGCCAAAAGGGGCUUUGGGCCAGAGGAGAUGGUGGUGGUGUGGAGUGGUUCCUGUGGGGCAGCCCAGAGAAUCCAUGCCUGCUGUAGGGAGCCUGGAGACAUCUCUUGUCCUGUAGCACCUCACUGGUUUUCCCUUUCAUCUUCUGCUUCCAUUGUCAUUAAAGUUGUCUAGCACUUGCUUAGCUGUGAUUUUAGUCCAGAGUAAUUGUUAAUACAUGGUUUGCUAAAACUGGAUUCUUUUUAAUCAUCAUAGUUCAUUAACUCAUAAUAAAACAGCUGUCCAAUUACAUCUAAAACAAACGCAUAUCUUCACAGCUUCAUUUAGAGUGUCACCAAACUCCCUGGGAUGAUGCUUAACAGAUGGGAGAAGUCCUAAUGAAAUACUGAAAAUUACAUUUUCACAAAGUGACUUUACUUCAAGACAGGCCCCAGCUCAUGCCUGUGGGUGCUGAUGCUCUGAUUUCCCAAGUGUCACAUGAAACCCCUCAAGACCUGUUGUGCUGGCUGGUGGAGCUGGAUGUGCUGCAUGGAGUCCCAAGGAAAACAGCAUGGUAAAACCCAGCCAGUGUGACCCCAGCUGCUACAGGAGAUGCUGUAGCCAUGCUCAGCCUUGGGGCAAUGUCCUGAGCAUCACGCUGGCACUUGGCCUUUCCAAGGUUUAUUACUUGGAGCAGUCAC